AUGGUAGCGUUCUUCUGGACCUCGUGCCAGAACCCCACACACAACUCGCCGCGAUCAUGGCUCCUCACCUCAGCCCUGUCGCCUCUUGCCGUCCGCCUCAUCCGGACGCUGCUCGCUCACGGCGACUACGUCGUCGCCUGUUUACCGCCCCACGAGAUCGACCAUGAAGACCGCAGCGCCGAGUUCCGGGAGCUUGUCAACGAGUGCAAGAGCACGCGAAAGGACCGCGAGGGCUGGAAGGAUCGCAUCCGCGGUAUUCGCUAUGAUGGCAUCGUCAUGGGGAGCUGCGGCGCCGCUGUCGCUGAGGCUGUUCAAGUCUAUGGCCGUAUUGAUAUUUUGCUGUGCUGCAAAUCCGAAGCUGUGGUUGGGACGGUAGAGGAGCUAUCAACGACUCCUUUCACCCAGAACCUCGUCCGUGAUCAGUUCGAAUCCAUCUUCUUCUCCCAGGUCAACUUCAUCAGAGCUGCCCUCCCCCAGCUCCGUUCUCAGCAUACCGGACACAUCAUCGUCCUCACAAGCACUGGCGGUCACAUUGGCACUCCUGGCAUGUCAAUAUACACAGCCGCCACCUGGGCCCUUGAGGGCUUCUGCGACUCCCUCGCCUACGAGAUUGCGCCCUUCAACAUCAAAGUCACCAUAGUGCAGCCGAACAAGGAGAUACAAUCCUUGACGAAUCGCCUCACCUUUGCUCCUCAGAUGCCCGCUUACGAUCAAGGGCCCGAGUCAGUGCCAAGUAUACGCGACAUCCUCACCAACGUCCUCAACACUCACCCAGAUACGGCUCUUCCUUUCCCACUGUCUCCACCUGAAUCAGGACCUUCACCAAUGUCACCCGCCAGCUCAGCCAUUGAGCCAGAUGUUGUUCCCGGCGAGAUUUUGCAUCGAUAUCCGAAGCUGCCCCCAGGCGCGGCAGACAAGCUUGUCAUGGAGACGGUGCAUGCCCUGUCAGCUAUUGGCGGGCAUGAGAACCCCCCAGCGCGACACAUUGUUGGUCAUAAGGGUGCCAUUGCGGUGAAGGAGAAGCUCAAGACCGUGACGGAGGAGCUUGAGGAUUUCGUGGAGGCGAGUUUAUCGGUCGAUAUCUUUGAAAGUGAAUUGCAAGCGGAGGCGAGGGAUGGUAAGGCGCCAGAGCAGAGCCCUCAGGGACCGCCUUCGUCGACUGGCAGAAGGCCGUAGGGGUUUGGAUAGGAUGAGGUUGCUUAUGAUGUGAGGGAGCGAUCACGUUUAACGGCGGAUGACGACGACAACCCGCAAGUUGAGCAUCGAAGAGGGCCUUACUCUUCCGAAUCACGGUCGCUAGGAUUAUGGAUUCGUCUGGUUCUACGACUAUGGAACUAUUUGUUGGUUGCUUGGGUUGGGAAUAGAAUCGGGUCUCACGUAUCGCGACAACUUGGAUAUACCCAACAUCGCCUCGGCCGGCCCGAGCUCUUUAUAUGCCCAGCAAUUUUUGACGCUCAAUUAUGACUGAAGCAUUCAAAGUAGUCGAAGGUCUCCUAAACCUAAUUCUAUAUAACCAUACAGACCAUACAGAAAGGUGUUAGGUGAUACUGAUACGUUAUCCUCGGGUAGGCGAUUAUUACCCCUAUGACCCCGAAGCAUGGGCGGGAC